AGAUUGUACUGAACAUGGUUGUAGAUUCAUCCCUUGCGAGACUUGCGUGUAUCACGAUCAUAUCGAUAAUGAAACUCAGCUGCAUCCGUUUAAAACUUGUGGGCUAAAGGGAGAAUGCAGUUACAUUGAUGCCAUUUGCUGUCACGAUUAUCAUUGCAUAGAUAAACUAUUUGGAACAAAUUUUCAAAGCACUCUGUCGACAAUUCAAUCAACAACCAAUGCAAGCAUCACAUCAAAAACAACGGACCGAGCAAGUACUACAAAGGCGCAUGCAUUAUCCCAUGCUACAACAAGUCAGCCUUCACAUCACGUAUUCAGCGCUGCAACUUCAACGUAUAGGACUAUCACAACAAGGCAACAAUCAACUGCACCACCUACAACAACGUCAUCAACCAUUGGAACAAACAACAGUUGUGUUGAUGAGCUGAAGAACUGCGCCAUGUUUAAAAGCAUGGGUGUAUGUCAUGCAAGGCCUCAGGAAGGAACCAAGUACGACAUUGCUUUCCAGUGUAAACAUACAUGUGAUCGAUGCAAUGAAACAUACGAACAUUUAACAACUGUAUCUUCAACCAUUCCUACCACCAUUGGAACUACCCAGGCAAAUCCAACCAGCACAGAUGGACACAUACCUUGUCCUGUUUGUACUAAUAAUAUAUGUGAACAUUCGAAUACAAUUUCAUGUGAAGUUUGUCAAAUUACUUUCAAUCAUCAGCCACAACCACAAAACGCAAAAUGCUUGAAUAGGGGACAGUGUUUUGAAGACGAUAGUAACCUUUGCUGCACUGAUUUGGCAUGUGCAGAAAUCAUCUUAAAACAUCUUGACGCAGUCACAAAUUACCCACUAAUCCAACCAGAAACAUACGAACCAUUAACAACUCUAGCUUUAACCACUCCUACCACCAUUGGAACUACCCAGGCUCCCAUUCAUUGUCAAGUUUGUGGAGAUUAUGACAGUAACAUUCCUUGUGAUCUAGCGAGUGUAUACAGGGGGCCAUUUGUUGCUUGUACGGAAGGAGCGUACUGCAUGAACGACGUUGUUCGUGAACAAGGCAACGUUAAAACUUUUAAGAGAUGUGUAAAUGAGACGGUGUGUAGGAACUUGUGGAUGUCACAGACGUCUGACAAGGACUACUGUACCAAUUAUGGCAACGUGAUGGUUAGUGGCGACUACUCUUGUCACUACUGCUGUACAACAGAUAGGUGUAACCGUGGACUAAUCCCAGAUCCUUCCACUUACUACAUCAAAGCCUAAAUUGUGUUUUCCGUUCCUAUAUAUAAAAAUAAAAGUCUCGCAAUUUAAUUGACAUAUUUUUUUCAUUUCUGACUUUAGUUCUUAAUUUAUGAAAAUAAUUUUUCUUUGUAAGAUUAGUUCUGAUAUAAUUUCAAGUAUAAAAAAUGUUCAUAUAAAAAGGGGUAAUCUACCAGUGUCUUCUGAAUUAUUUGUGUAGCUGAUAAACGUUUCUAAAUAAAGA